AUGUUUACAAAAAAGAAAAUAUUUUUUAUUCUUUUUUUCUGUUUUUCCUUUAACAUUUAUUUAAACGCAGCAAGUGAAGCUGAAACUGACACACUUUCUGAGUACGCAGUCGAAAAUAUGGAUUUUGUAAUUGAAUAUGUACUUUAUAAUGUUGGUGACAGAACUGCUUUAAAAGUUACAAUGGAUGAUAGAAAUUCUUUUCCCACACAAUCUUUUGAAAUUGUUAAAGGUUUUUUACAUGUUCAUUGGGAGGAGAUUGCACCUGGAGAAAAUGUUACUCAUUCUGUUAUUGUACGCCCAAGAACUUUUGGUAUUUUUAAUUAUACCUCCGCAAUGGUUACUUAUUACCCAACAAAUGAUGCCAAACAAGCAAUUAUUAGCUAUUCAACAGCUCCGGGAGAAGGCAAUAUUUAUCGAUUGAAGGACUACGAAAGACGAUUUGCCUCAAAAAUUAGUGUUUGGAUUGGUUUUCUGUUGCUUGCAAUGCCCACAACUGUUCUCCCAUUUAUUAUUUGGUUCCAAGUACAGAAGAAAUACGCAAAAACACAAAUUGGCCAAAAGAAGAAUCGAUAA